AUGGCCAGCCUGCCAGACUCGUACCAAGCCCUCUCCCUUCCAGCCGUGCGCCUCUCGCACCACCCGCCCUCCUCAAAAUCAGUCACGCCCAUCAUCAUGGUCAUUCUCAACCGGCCAAAAUAUAAGAACGCCUUCAACGGGGAUAUGAUUGAGUCACUAGAGAAGGCUUUCGGCACGCUCAGCUCCGACCCACGAGUAAAAUGCAUCGUCUUCGCCGGCUCCGACCCGGAGAACAAGAUCUUCUGCGCCGGCAUGGACAUGUUCACGCCUCUUUCUACCAAAGACGCAAAUGAUGGCCCUCCCGAUGCCCUGGGAUCAGUGACCAGGGAUACCCACCGCGACGGGGGCGGGCGCGUCAGCCUCGCCAUAUACCGCUGCCAGAAGCCCGUCAUCGCAGCGCUGAACGGCUCGGCAGUAGGCGUAGGGAUAACAAUGACGCUGCCGUGCCACAUCCGCGUGGCGGCGGCGCAGUCGCGCGUGGGCUUCGUGUUCGCGCGGCGCGGGCUGGUGAUGGAGGCGUGCAGCUCCUUCUUCCUCCCGCGGCUGGUUGGCGCCGCGCGCGCGCUGCACCUCGUCACCACGGGCGCCGUGUACCGCCCCACGGACCGGGUGCUGGACGGGCUGUUCACCGAGGUGGUGGACGACGCGGCCGGGGUGCUGCCGCGGGCGCUGCAGCUCGCCGAGGGCGUGGCGCGCGACUGCUCCGUCGUCAGUGUUGUCACCAUGCGGGACAUGAUCUUCCGCGCGCCGGGAAGCGCGGAGGAGGCGCAUCUGCUCGAGAGCAAGCUGCUGUAUGACCGCUUCCGCAGCGCGGACGUGGCCGAGGGCGUGACGAGCUUUCUGGAGAAGAGGGAGCCGCGGUUUCAGGAAACGAUGGAGGAGAAUGCGCCUAGCGUGUAUCCGUGGUGGGAGGACAAGUUGAAGGGGCCGCAGUCGAAGCUUUGA